CAUCUCUCGCAGCAUCCUCCCCCUAUGGCACGGACGCGCACACAGCGGCUCAAUAUUAGAGGGUACAUUUUAGCGUUUUGCACAUACAUCCCCGUAUAGAUACGCUAUAGCGCCACACCAUUGCAUCUAUCAGGUUUAUUUCUCCUCCUCACAUUGAUGAAUUUGCCUCAGCGGUCACCGUAGCGGUCCACCCGAUCGUUAUUAUCUUUUAUUUCCUUCCUUCCCGCAUCCAAAGACCGAUCUACGCUACAAGAUGGCUGAGCUGAAUUUGGGGAAGGGGCUGACUGCUGGGAAAGUGGCCAGCAACGUUCAGAAAAAACUAACCAGAGCCCAAGAAAAGGUUCUUCAGAAGCUCGGCAAAGCGGAUGAGACCAAAGAUAUUGCCUUUGAGGAGGGGGUUAUCAACUUCAACAAACAAUACGCCGAAGGCAGCAAACUGCAGCGGGAUCUUAGGGCAUAUCUAGAGGCAGUGAAAGCCAUGCACGAGUCCUCCAAGAACGUGCAGGCGUGUCUGGCCGACAUGUACGAGCCAGAGUGGUACGGAAAGAACGAAGUGGACUCCAUCGUAGAGGACUGCGAUGUGCUGUGGACCGAUUACCACCAGAAGUUGGUGGACCAUGCUCUUAUCUCCAUGGAUACCUACCUGGGCCAGUUCCCCGACAUCAAGGCUCGUAUUGCAAAGAGGGACAGGAAACUGGUUGAUUACGACAGUGCCAGGCACAACUAUGCUACCACACACAAGUCCAAGAAAAAGGACGGGGCUAUUAAAAUAACCAAGCCUUCUUCUCUGCUGGAGAGGGCGACUCCAGGCUGGGCUCAGGGAAUCCUGUCUGCACACAACAUUGCCCAGAGCAGUCUAUCCAGGAACCAGGCUGAGGAGGAGUUAGAGCGAGCCCAGAAGGUGUUCGAGGAGAUUAAUGCUGACUUGCAGGAGGAGUUACCUUCCCUCUGGAACAGUCGCGUCGGGUUUUAUGUGAGCACCUUCCAGAGUUUGGCCGGUUUCGAGGAGAAGUUCCACAAGGAGAUGAGCCGGUUGGAUCAGGAUUUGUAUGACGUCCUGGAGAAACUGGAGGAUUCAGACACAACCAGUGAAAAAGAACCAUCCAACCACACUCUCAGGCCAGGAGGACCACCCCCAAUCCCCAAAUCUCCAUCCAAGCUAAAGCCAGCAGUGCCUCCGCCGCCUAAGGUGACCCCGUGUAAGGAGCUGAAGACGGAGAACAUCGUCAACCUGUUUGAUGCUGCUGCUGCUGCUGCUACUCCUAAUAUCAGUGUCACCUCCCCUACAGAGUUCGACAGUCCCGCAGCGAGCAGCCUGUUGGACAUGGACCUGGACUCUUUCAGUGCAGCAACCAAAGCCCCCGCGGUCGCACAGCCGGCGAACUGGGACUCUUGGCCUGAAGACAGUCAUGCCGAGGAAGAGAGCCCCGAGCAGCACUAUGACCCUGUGGCUGCUGCUGCGGACGCCUGGGGGGAUGAUGGUUCGCAGCCUGCCCAUUAUGACCCCAUAGCAGCUGCCACAGAGGGCUGGGGGGAUGACGGGACCCAAGCAGUCCGCUAUGACCCCGUGGCUGAGGCCCAGGCGGGAUGGGACGAUGACGGCGCAGAGCCGGUUCACUACGAGCCCGAAGCCCAAGAGGGCUGGGGCGACGAUGGGACCCAGCCAGCCGCAGAGGUGCCGGCCGCAGAGGAUGAAUCACCUGCAGCUGAGGCUCCAGGUGAAACAGCUGACCAAGAAGCCCCUGCAGCAGCUGCCCCCGUGGAUAAUGAAGAGGGUCAGGGUGAGUCGGCAGCAGCUGCUGCAGCAGCAGCAACAACACCGCCAGAGGAAGCCCCCACAGAGGAGACACCCGACGUAGCAGCAGAACCAACGGAAGCAGCAUCGGCGCCUCCAGAAAUGCCUCCAGGCUUCAUGUUCAAAGUGGAGGUGAUGCAUGAUUACGCUGCCAACGACACCGACGAACUGGAGAUGAAGACCGGAGACGUGGUGCUAGUGAUCGUCUUUGACAACCCGGAGGAGCAGGACGACGGCUGGCUGAUGGGAAUAAAGCAGGACGACUGGCACCAGAACAAAGAGAAGGCCAAUAAAGGAGUAUUCCCCGAAAACUUCACCCAGAGGCUGUGAAUGGGGGGGCGGAGCGCUAUCCCAGCUUCUUUUUUCAUGUCUCUCUCUUUCCUCUGUCCUUCAUUUCCCCUCUUGCCCCCGGUACUUUACCUUCCCUAGGACUUUGGCCAUAGAAGCGGGGCUGUCACAGCCCUGGCUGGAACCAUGCAUUUCCAGGGUCUGCUACACUGUGCUAAAAGCGGAUCUUGGCAUUACUGUGGGUCUCUCCCAACACAUUACAGGCGCAGCCAUGUCACAGGUCCCGUUUUGUUAUGGAGAGUUAACUUAUUGGUGAAAUCCUGAUCACACGGGUUUGAAGCACCUCUGCGAUGGCUACCCACCAAACCUUGAUAUAAUGUUAUAUUUGCAGUCAUAUCUUGUAUUGAUUUUAUUUAUUGAGAAAAGUGUGAAAUGAUCAAUACAAUGCCAAGUGUAGCAGAGGUUUACCCUACACACGUACAGUAUAUAUGAAGUCCUUUUUAUAACGGCUGAUGGGGUGAUUAUGCUGGAACCAGGCUUAAAGGAUGCUGAGUAAAGAAACAUUCAAGUUCUAGGCAGCAACUUCACCCCAGUCGAUUCUGAGCAAGACCUUCCAGCACACAAGGUCCAAUUUAAUUCCUUAAUUCCUCCUGGAAGUCACACUCCUGCCUUUCAGACUCACCCGCUUCGUCCUUUAUUCCCUCUUUAAUUACUCUCGACUCGUGGAACAUGGACCCUUGGUUGUUGUAUUAUCGUAGAUGCUGUCGUGACAUAGUUAUGGAGCUGUUGUCAAAUUCCAAAUAAAUACACGUCAUUUCCAAAAAAAUAAUAAUAAUUUUUUCACGAGAGGUUCUGAAUAUGCAUUAGCUGAGCUUGCUAGGAAACAAGCUAACAAUCGACCCCCACUCAGAAGCUGCUACUGGUCGUAUAACACAGGUAGUUAGGCCAACGUGGUUAUCCCCUAAUACUAAUACAACACAUAAUAACUGAGCCAGCCUCUUUGUUUUCCUUGCGUUCGCUGAGAGACGACUUAACACAAAUGCAGAGGAUUCAGAAUAUGCACCAGAACAACUUGUUUUAUUUUUAUAUGCUGCCAAGCAAUGAUUACAUAUAUAGCCUAAUAUAACUAUGUCAACAUAAUUGCCAAGUGGGGAUGCUGUGGAGUGUUUUGUACUUCUGUCGGUUCUACUGCUCUCCGCAUAGCCACAUACUGUAGGUCCUUAAAUCUAUCUCACCUCCUGUCGUGUAUUGACCACUAACUCAAAAAGAGAUUCACAACUGUCACAAUGUUAACAUACAGUAUGAUAAGUGCGAGAGGCGAUGUAGGUGCGUGUGUGUGUGUGUGUGUGUGUGUGUGUGUGUGUGUGUGUGUGCGUGUGCGCGUGUGUGUGUGUCUGUGUGUGUGUGUGUGUGUUUCGGGGUUGUUGGGACAUAAAUUCUUUAUCUAUAGCCUAUUGUAAUUGGUGAUGACGUCACCACCACCACCUCCCAGGUGAAGAGGUCGUCCGUUUCACGGGAAGCUUUUCUGACUGGACAACAAUCACUCCAACGUAUUUGGUUGUUCGUCCGCUGGCUGGUAUUACGGUUCCAGGUGUUAUUGUGCAUUUGUUGUGUAUAAGUGUAAUUUUGCCAAGCUGUGAUGACCGAUACAUAUUCUAUAAUGACAGUCAUAUCUGUAUGUGUGUUACUGUGUGCAUGCUGACUUCCCAUGUGUUGUUGUGUGAACACCCCUAAUUUAAGACAAUGAUACUUGGAGCACUUUUGAGGCAGCUGACGCAGGCUACUUUUAUUUAUUUUUUUCUGUUUCUAAAGGAGGUGGUGGGCGGAUGCGCUUUUUCCACCGCUGGCCUGCAGAUUAGUCCUGAUUAUAAUUGCUAGUUUUCCAUCACCCUUGCCUCAAAAUGUUGCCAGGGUAUCGUGGUCCAAACAGACUUUCAGACAUGAUUACAUGGAGACAGGCCACAUAGAGAUAAAUGUCCAACCACCAGACUCAGGAGGAAGACAACUCAGCAUGUACCAAACCCAUUUGCAUCAUGAAGGUGGAUGAAGUUUCAGUGUAAAUUUCUGAGGUGUACUUAAUUUAUUUUGAUAUGUCUUUGAACGGCCCCUCAUGUCAAACCAUCAGCUGCACAUGUAGGCAAACCCAAUGCAUCUCACAUCUUGUUUUCAUGUUCAACUUGGUUGAGUGUUUUACCUGGGUCUGGUUUUCUAUCUGUCUUUAUGGAUCAGUCUCCUAAAAUGAUCUAUGGGAUACAACAAAAAGUUUUUUUCCUGUACCUACCUGACCAGUAAUAAUAAAGAUUACCUAGAAUCUU